AUGGCAAUUCAACUGCCCCCACCAGACGACACGUCUCUGUCAAUGUUCCAAACUCUUAUGAAGGGCUUCGAUUUACUAGCCAAAGGAGAUCCAGGGUCACGAAUCUGCAAAGCUCCACCCCCUAAACCUGGCUCGAAACUGCUAUUGCAGCAACACAAGAAGCUACUAGCAAAGAAGAGGAGAGCUCCAAGAACUUCAAAAAGAGCUCCGCCACAUGACAGCACAGCUCAACCCCCUACGCCGCUCGAACAGCCACCACCAAGGCGAAGCAGCGGGACGCAACCUUCUGGGUCGGGCGGAGGGAUCCUAGCCCAACAGACUAACACAGAUCAAGUCCCUGAGUCGAUCGGAGAAGCUCGCGGAGUGUCCUUACGAAAUGAUAGCACAGCAGGAGCCACUCUCCCCAAUAGUGCGGCUCGGGAUGCUCUCAAUCAGCAGCAUAUCAGCGCACAGACAACCAUAUUGAAUGAGGAAGCACGAACGGUCCCGCCACUGCAAAACAACUGGGCACAAAUCCGUCCACUUAAGCAAGAAGCCCGCGCAGUUCCACCACCACAAAAUGGCACAGUGGAAGCCUCAAUACCAUAUCAAGAAGCUCGAACAGUUUCACCGCCACAAAACGGGAAGGCGCGAGACCCGACACCGCACCAAACAGCUCCAACAGUCCCGCCAUCACGAUAUCCCGCAGAUCCGGUCAUCAGAUCAAUCUCCAGCUCACUUCCACCAAAUAGGACAUCUGGGCCGAGUAAGAGAGCCCUCGUCAGACAGAAUAUUAGAGUCGGAAUCCCAUCAGGAGAGAUUAUUGAUCUCACGACACCAAGUCCCAGUAAAGAACCCCCGCCCAGACAGAAUACUCAAGGCCAACCCCCUGAGCUAGAUGCAGCAAUCUCCCCAAAGAUCCUCUCGUCUGCGAUGUUUGGUCCAAGCGGGGAAGCCCCUGUCGAGCAGAAUCCCACAGUCCAACCUGCUGAGCAGGCUACCGUAGCCUGGACCAUAGAGAUAGAUGCAAAGACGCCACCAGAGAUUUCCGAGACUCUGGAGUUUAGUCCAAGCAGGAGCGCCCUGAGCAAGCCGGAUCCUAUGUUCACAGCUAGAGAGCGAGAUACGGAGAACUCCCCAGACAUUGCCUCGCCUAGGCCAUCCAGGAGGGGCGAAAAGGACCCAUUCGAACAGGAUACCAGAGAGCUAGGUACCCAGAUACCUCCAGCUAGGCAGCCAGAAGCAGAGGCGCCCACAGAGAUUGCCUCGCAUCAGCCAUCUAGUUCAAGUGAAAGUGUCUCUGUCGAACAGGGUCCUACAUUUAGAGUGCUAGACGCGGAGACUCGGCCAGAUGAUAUCUCGACUCAGCCAUUUACUCAAAGCAUCAAAGUCGCUUACGAGACAUCCCCAACCGUUGCCCCAUCGCCGUCGCCCAUUUCUUUAAAGAUUGCCUCCCAAGGAUCGAAUCUAACAACCUCAACCUUCAGAUCCAGCGGAGGUACACUGCGACGGUCGGACUCGCAGGUGCCCAAUGAAGGCAUAGCUCUCCGCGCCUUCUUCGCUUGGUUUGUCACCUGUUCGCGUCGGCCGGAGACCGUGACGAGUUACCUCGAAGAACUCCCUUCUCUUCUCUUCAAUGCGUCUAGGAACCCUCCUGUUCUUGACUCUAUCGUUCGUGCUCUGUCGAUGACACUCUAUGGUAUUUUCCGCCAAUCUCAGUCCGCCGUUAGUCGCGGAAAGUCGAUCUACGAGUCAUCACGCAACAUGCUAUCGCAGCUCAUCUCAGAUGCAAAAGACGACAAGGUAUCGAGUGACGAGCUGAUUGUCUCGCUCUUGCUGUCUGAAUUCUGCGAGGCCUGUACUUGCGUCGAAAAUGCGCAAUCCGCAUCCAGAAUCUUGGGGGCACACGUUUUGAUCACCGAAAAUGAUGCUGGAUCCAUCUUGACUCGAGAAGCCAUUCGCGUUUCGGACUUCCUCGCCGCGCUAAAAGGUGAUCAGACUCUCGGUGAAAAGGGACCAUGGUGGGCUACUCUGCAGAGAGGCCUUGCCAUAGAGGGCAGCUUGAGUCACUGGCCUCACAUUGUUCCGUCUUCCUGGAAACCUAAUCUCCUGGAGAAUUCAAUCUGGUCCGAAGACUUUGUCUAUGGCGGCAAGGCACACACCUACUACGACAUCCAAGUGGCAUCAGUGUGGAACUGCUACCGACGCAUUCACAUUGUGCUGCUCGACGCCAUCAUGAACCUCGCAUCCUCAACCACGGAGCUCGGAGGCGCAGAUUGCCAGAGAAUCAAAGCCAGAGCAAUAAAAGCGAUGCGAGAAUUGGCGAUUGAUAUCUGCGCCUCAGUCCCCUUUCAUGUCGGUACGUGGGAAGCCUCGAUACCCGCCAGCGAGAUCCAGUAUCCCUCAAUUGGAAACCAUGACGCCGACCUGAUCCAUCGACAAAAUGCGUAUUCUUGCGGUUGGUAUCUGCUGCUGCUCCCGCUUUCGAGGCUCCUGUUGGUGAAGGAUCUUCCUGCCGGGCAGGCAGAAUGGAUUGCACGGCAAUACUCUCGGAUCUGUGCCAUUGGAGAUGAACAAUACCACCUCCCGGCGCAGAGUUUCGAAAGACUCCCACCAGAGUCCUUGCCUUCAUUUGCUUAUUCACAUGCGAUCAACCUCCGAAACCUGGUACUUGUCGAUCCCCUGAACUGGGAUUCGAGCGAACGAGAGGAAUCCGUGGAUCUCGGUAGUACUGGUCCUCGUGAACCCGCCACGCUGUCCUUGGAUUCGCGAUCGAAUUCUGUACUGACGCAGACACCUGCACCAGAAGUCCUGCCGCUGAAGCGGCGAAGAGAACGAGACACGGAAGAGGAUGACGGUUAUUUUGACGCUGAUGACGAUGACGGAGGAGGAGAGAGCGACAAUCACCUGGUGUGCUGGGAGCGCUGCUGCCACGGCCGGAAAUUCGCGACUAUUGCCAGUCUCCAACAGCAUCGCAGGGAGCAGCCGGGCGAAGCGAAAAUAUGGGACUGUGAACACUGUGGAAUCAGCUUCACCGAGCGCACGGCGUGGGAGGAGCACGAUGAAUUGAGAUUAUGUCGGCGUAAACGCAUGCGACGGACGAGAGGGCAGCGAUCCAGGUCCCGCGACAACGAAGGCCAGGCAGCUGGAAUUCAUCACAUGGAGACUUGA